AAAGGAAAACGUGUUCAUUCCUGGAACUGGAAGUUUCUUUUUAUAGUGAGGACCAAACUCCUCUAAUCGAAUCGAGCCCUAGAAGAACCAGGCAGGUCUCACCGCGCCAUGGGUUGCUCCUCCUCCCUUCCAGAAAGCACGUCUUCUGGACGGUUGGAUGGUUUCAGUUCUGAGAAUGUUGAAGCAACUGACUCAAAAAAUUUACGAGUGAAGCUGGUGCUUUUAGGGGACUCUGGUGUUGGAAAAAGCUGUAUUGUUCUUCGCUUUGUUCGUGGACAGUUUGAUCCAUCAUCCAAGGUGACUGUUGGAGCUUCAUUUUUAUCACAGACAGUAGCAUUGCAAGAUUCUACAACAGUCAAGUUUGAAAUAUGGGACACUGCAGGGCAAGAGAGAUAUGCUGCACUGGCCCCCCUUUACUACCGAGGAGCUGCAGUUGCAGUAGUUGUGUAUGAUAUAACAAAUCCACAGUCAUUCAACAAAGCUCAGUACUGGGUUAAGGAGCUACAAAAACAUGGGAGCCCCGAUAUUGUCUUGGCUUUGGUAGGGAACAAAGCUGAUCUCCAAGAAAAACGAGAAGUAUCCAUUGAAGAUGGUAUGAACCAUGCGGAGAAGAAUGGGAUGUUCUUUAUUGAGACAUCUGCAAAGACAGCAGAUAAUAUUAAUCAGCUAUUUGAGGAAAUUGCUAAAAGGUUGCCUCGUGCUCCCUCUUCAUGAUUGCAGAAAGGACACCAAUUGCACUACAGAUUACAGAAUUCCAAUACCUCUCUUUCUUCUGCACUGUACUACUGAGUUUGUUUAUAUCGUGAAUUACCCUGUUAUCUUUGAUCUAUUUAUAAUGGGUUUUCGGUAUGGUUCAUUGAUUUGACCACUUCAGGUAAUUAUGUUAGAUACUGGCAUUAUACUCAACAAGUGACUGGAUGUAAGCAUUGGUGGAUCUAAUUGUUUGUGAUGCUUACUGCACAUAGAAUUAUAGAAAAAGAAUCCACUCCUUGCUGAACCCA